AUUGUGAAUGGCUUAGUAUCGACCAUUGAAUGAUGGUUAGUAGAACUUCACAUAGGCUACAAAUCCUCAGAUUAUUGCGGGUUUCCAAGCUUUGAGAAUUAGUGUCGAUUUGGGAAUGCAGCAAAGUGAAUCUGCUCGUAGGAGCUCGAUGAAAGCACAAGCUCUCGUUUCUACGCAAAGUCAGAUGCUUAACCAGAUGAAAGUAAGGCUCUAAAUUUGUAUUCCUAGGAAUAAAAAAUUAUGGUAAAGGAUGUCAUAGUACCAGUGGAUGCCCCUACUAAUACAAAGCCAGAUAUUCUUAAAAAGGCUUAAAAUAAGGGAGAAGAGUACAGGAACAUGGAUGAGCAUAAGAUGGAUGUAAUUGCAUUAGCGAACAGGUAAUGUAUUGACCCCAUAGUUUAGAUUGGGAACAAGCAAAGAGGAUGGUUUAUCUGAUGACUAAGCUGUGUAAAAGAAUCUUUAAUUUGGUGAUAAUAAAUUAUCAGAAAAAGCGAAGACUCCAUGGUGGAUCAAAUUGAUUAAAGAGAUGGUUUAGCCAUUUUCAAUUUUGUUAUGGAUAGCAUCCUUUGCAUGUUUUGCAUUAUAUGGUGUGAAUCCAAAUGCCCUCGGAGCAAAGUCGAACUUGUGGUUGGGUAUGAAAAAGCAUCUAUUUUUUAGCAAUCAUUUUAAUUGCGAUUAUUUUACUAACAGGUUCAAUUACCUACAAUUAAUCUGCCAAGGCUGACGCUUUGAUGGAAGGCUUUAAGAAUUUCUUACCUCAAAAUUGUAUAGUAAUUAGAGGAGGACAAAGGAAACAGGUUCCAGCAGAGAAGAUAGUGCCAGGAGAUAUAGUGGAAGUGAAGAUGGGAGACAAAAUCCCAGCAGAUAUCAGAAUCAUACAAUCUAGAGAGAUGAAGGUGGACAACUCUGCAUUGACAGGAGAAUGUGAUCCAUUAUUGAGAGUGACUGAAUGUACAAGUGAGAAUCCUUUGGAGACAAAGAACUUGGCAUUUUUUGGUACAUUAUGCAAAGAAGGAUCUGGAUUGGGAAUGGUUAUCCAAAUAGGUGAUAAAACAGUCAUGGGUUAGAUUGCAGAUUUAGCAACUGGAGGAGAAACACCAGAAACACCUUUGAAUAUAGAGUUGAAGAGAUUCGUCAUUUUGAUUUCUUGUAUUGCUGUAGGUUUGGGUGUCUUAUUUUUGAUUCUCUCAUUGGUUGUUGAAAAGGCAUCAGUAGAUACUGCUGUGGGUUAAGCUAUUGGUAUUAUUGUUGCAAAUGUGCCUGAAGGAUUAUUGGGAUGUAUCACAGUUUCUUUGGCUAUCACUGCUAAAAGAUUGGCAGAUAAAUAGGUGUUGGUUAAGAAUUUAGAAGCUGUUGAAACUCUUGGAUCAACAAGUUGCAUUUGUUCAGAUAAAACAGGAACCUUGACUUAGAACAAGAUGAGUGUUGAAAAUGUUUGGUAUGAUGGAUUGAAGAGGAGGGCGUUGAAUAAGUUGAUUGCAGGAAAGAAUGCUGAAUAUGAAUAUGAAACUAGUGAUCCAACAUUUAGAGAUUUACAUGAUUGUGCCAUCAUUACCAGUGAAGCUAAGUUUAAUAUUCAGGCUAAAGACAAAUAAAAUAUCAAUUGGUUAGAUACUCCAACCAUUGGAGAUGCCUCUGAAACUGCUUUGAUCAAAUUCUUUUAACCAAUCGAAGACAUUGAAUUAACAAGACAAAGAAGAUAAUUUGCAGAAUUGCCAGAUAAAUCAUUGGCUAAAAUGCCAUUCAAUUCAACCAAUAAGUUCUCUCUUUGUAUUGUGAAUUGGGAAACUCAUGAUUCCUACUAUUGCGUUUACAUCAAGGGAGCACCUGAGAAAUUGUGGACAUUUUGCAGUUACCUCUUGGUGGAAGGCAGAAAUCAACCUAUUGAUGAAUAAAUUACUUAGAAAUUCAAAUAAGUCAACUUGGCUUUUGGUAGAGGUGGAGAAAGAGUGCUCGGAUUUGCUAAAUUGCACUUGCCAAGAGCUGAAUAUCAUAAAGGAUAUUAAUUCAAUUUGAAUUCAGUUGACACACUUAAAUUUAAAUUGGAAGGAUUCACUUUCUUGGGUUUAUUAUCUUUGAUGGAUCCUCCUAAAGUUACUGUACCUCAAGCUAUCAAAAAAUGUUAAUCAGCCGGUAUUAAGGUUAUUAUGGUGACUGGAGAUUAACCACCCACUGCAGGUGCUAUUGCUAAGUAAAUUGGUAUCAUCACAGGUAAGACUGUUGAUGAUCUCUUGGAUGAGAAUCCUUCAAUGUCAUAUGAAGAUGCCUUUAGAUAAGCUCCAGCCAUCGUUAUCCAUGGUGAUUUGAUUGUUUAAGCAUUGGAGGAAGAGGCAGCACAAGGUGAAAAUUUACCUGAACAUCUCAAGGAUAGAAAACUAAGAAGUUGGUGCAGUAAACCUUAAGUUGUAUUUGCUCGUACAUCUCCAGCAUAAAAACUGAUGAUUGUCAGGGCUUGUCAAUAUUUGGGCCACGUGGUCGGAGUUACAGGAGAUGGAGUCAAUGAUUCACCAGCUAUCAAAUAAGGUGACAUUGGUAUUUCAAUGGGUAUCAGUGGAUCUGAUGUUACUAAAGAUGCUGCAGAUAUGAUCUUAUUGAAUGAUGACUUUGCUUCAAUUGUCGAUGGAGUAGAAGAAGGAAGAAAGAUCUUCGAUAAUCUUAAAAAAACUAUCGUCUAUCUUCUUACAUCUAAUAUUACUGAAGUGUUCCCAUACGUAGGCGAAAUCGCUAUAGGAUUACCACUUCCUUUGAGCAAUGCCUUUAUUCUCACUAUUUGUAUUGGUACUGACAUUCUACCUGCUAUUUCCUUUGCUUACGAAGAAGCUGAAAUUGAUAUCAUGACUCGUAAACCAAGAAAGAAGGAUGACCAUUUGGUGUCUCUCAGAUUGAUCACUCAUGCCUAUCUAUUAUAAGGAGUCAUAGCCACAUCUGCAGGAUUCUUUAGUUAUUUCAGUACAAUGAAUGAAUAUGGAUUCCCUCCAAAACUCAUUCUUAGUUUUAUGAACACACCAUAUCAAUAAAUCCCUUGGGCUCCAAUCACCCUUGCAAAUGGACAACCAUAUGCACCCCCUCCUACAAGUUGGGUCUGGGAUAUGCCUAAUAUGAACAAGUAAUUCGUUAUUCUAUUUUAUUUAGUCCAUUCUUAACAUAGCAACCUUACAGUCCUAAUUGGUAAAUGGCACCAGUAUUGGUUCCCCCUUCAGAAAGUCAGAUCGCUAAUACAGUUGGAUUCUAAAACAUUCCAUUGAAUUGGAUCAAUCCAGAACUUAUCUAUUAUGAUUUAAGAUACAUCUUCGUUACUUAUAAUUCCACAGACAACAGAUGGUUCCCUGUGUUUGAAGAAUGGAACAACCAAUUUUCUGAUCAAUUGUGCAGAUACUUUGAUAGAUCAGACUCACUUCUUGAAGGAUCUGGAUAUCCCAUCAAUACAAAUGCUUGCUUCAAAACUGCUGCUCUUAAAUAUGCUUAAACCUCCUACUUCGUUGCUGUUGUCUUGGUCCAAUGGUCCAAUGUGUUCUCGUGCAAAUGUAAAUACUUAUCUUAUAUCUCUCUAGAACGUAAGAUGUCUUUGAUUUAUUCACCCAUCAACGCUGUCAUGUUCUACGGAGUCAUCCUUGAGACCAUCAUUUUCCUUUGCAUCGUCUACAUUCCAGGAGUCAAUACCUGGUUUGGUGCCAGACCAGUAGAUAUACUCAAUUUGGGGUAUUGAAUUAAGUGUAUAUCAUAGAAUGCCUGGACUCCCAUAUUCCAUGUGUCUAUUUUGUUGGGAAGAAAUGCGUAAAUACUUCAUUAGAAACUUCUAAAAGCCCAGUAAAUUAGAACCAAACUUCUUUGAAGCAAAUUCACUAUGGUGAGUGUACGGUAGUGACAUUAAUAUAAAUAAUAAAAUUUGUAUAGAAUUAUUUAUAAAUUAAUUUAC